CUUCCAUGAAAAUUAUUCCGGGUGGCAGAAUGGUUAUGCAACAGAGAUGAACUGAGUUUUAGAUGCAGUUUUGCAAAAAAAAAGAAAUCUCCUCCUAGAUGAGAACGAAUGUGCAUCAGGCAGUCACAGGUGUGACACCAACGCUCGGUGUGGCAACAUCAUCGGGUCGUACUUCUGCCAGUGUUACCAGGGCUUUAAUGGAGACGGGCAUGCUUGCUUUGAUGUUGAUGAGUGCCUUCGUAACAAUGGCUACUGUGAACACAACUGCACCAAUGAGUUAGGAGCGUACAGCUGCCAGUGUGCAGCAGGCUACCAGCUGGACCAGGGUGGACAUAACUGCACAGAUGUGGAUGAGUGUUCAGCUCCAAAUGGGACCUGUGAGCACAUUUGCAUCAACACUAUGGGUUCUUUCCAGUGCUCCUGUAAACCAGGCUACCAGCUGCACAUUGAUGGCCACACCUGCGUAGACAUCGACGAAUGCAAACUCCAGAAUGGCGGAUGCUCUCACACCUGUAGCAACUCUCCUGGGGGAUUCACCUGCCACUGCCCGCGUCCGCUGUUGUUGGACACUGACAACCUCACUUGCAGCAAUGCUACAUCUUGUAAGCUAAGAAACGGAGGUUGCGACCAUGUCUGUUCCCUGAGAGCUGAGGGAGACAUUCAGUGUAGCUGUCGAGCAGCUUGGAAGCUGGGGGACGACCUCAAGAGCUGCGUUGACGUGAAUGAGUGCGGAGACUUUACAAACGGAGGGUGUGAGCAGCUCUGUGUGAACCUCCCUGGUGGGUUUAACUGCACCUGCAGGGAAGGAUAUGAAGUUCGGACUGAUGACCCUACCAGAUGUCGACCUGUGUGUGACCCACCAUGUCAGAACUACGGAGUGUGUGUGGGGCCAAACAGCUGCGACUGUCCUCUGGGCUACCCUGGUGUGGGCUGUUCAGCCAUGUGUUCUCCACCCUGUGCCCAUGGAGGUACCUGCAUGCGCUGGAAUACGUGUUUGUGUCCUUCUGGUUGGACAGGAGCAGGAUGCCACACAGCUGUGUGUGAGCUGCCUUGUGCUAAUGGUGGUCGCUGUGUAGGCCCUGGCACCUGCCAGUGUCCCUCUGACUACACAGGCCUUCAGUGCCUGUUGCCACUGUGCACUCCAGCCUGUCAGAACGGGGGAAGAUGUGUGGAUGUUAACAAAUGCACGUGUGCUGCGGGAUGGCAAGGAGCUCGAUGCCAGAUUGAGCCCGUCCAUUGUCAGAAACCUUGUAGAAAUGGAGGCGUGUGUGUGGGCCUCAACAGAUGCCGCUGCGCCAAAGGAUUCACCGGCAGUCUCUGUGAAACAGGUGUAACCACACAAUGUGUCCCACCGUGUCAACAUGGAGCCACAUGCAGCCCGCACAACACCUGUACCUGUCCACAAGGCACCGCAGGCCUGCGCUGUGAGAGGCUGACAUGCCCCGUGGUCACCACAGUGGUCAGCACAGCUCGUGCUGUGAGGCAAGCUUUCAGGGAGAGCUACGUUGAUCGCUGUGGACCCUUGGGAAUUCAGCUUUGCACUAAAUACAGGAUGAACCAGGCUCGCGUGUACCUGCAGGCCUACAGGGUUGGCUACAAAAUCCAGUGUCUUGUGAAGAAGAACACAUAAGCAGUGCAGGAAGCAGUAAAAGCUGCUAAGCAUCUGCAGCACAAAGCAUCUUGGAUUGUGUCUGUGAAUGCAAAAACACAUGGGCUGAAAAAUGUAUUUUGUGUUUGAUUGAACUGAAAAGCUUCAAAUAAAAUCAUCCAAGCCCA